GAUAUACACACUGCAGCAGCAUGGCUUCUGAAUACUUGAAAUGUAUUUUUCAGAAUUUGGGAAGAUUAUCCAAAUAGUUGAUUGUUAUGUUGUAGCCACAUGUUAAACCCUCUACUCUGAAACAUUUAUCGGCGACAGGACAUUUAUUUCUACCUUUAUAGCGUAACUUUGAUGCAGGUAGUGGCGCUCCGGAGAUCCAGCGUGGUCGAGGACAUCAAACAUUUCAACCACAUGAGACACGUUUGUCAAAACUAGCCACAAUGUCAAAGGUAAAGAAGAAGAAGAAAACACAGAUUUUCGCCAAGUCGCAUCAACCCACGUCUACAAAUGACUCAAUGAAAAAGAAGAAGAAGCACAAAAAGAAAAAGAAUUUUAAAAAGAUUCCUCCAAAGGACCAAGAAAAGCCAAAGGCUCAGAUAUCUGCUCCUCCAACAGAUCCACAGCAGCUGUCUGCUAACUGGAAGAUAUUACAAGAGAUUUUAAAGGCUAAUCAGCCGGAGAAAAAACCACAGCCCGAGAAGAAACCAGCUUUCAAGCCCAAACAUCAGAAUGGUUUCUUGCCUAAAAAGGCUAAAGAAGGGACUAAAAAUGUCUCCAAGAACAAUGCUGAUGCAGGCCAGAAAAACACCGUGAAAAAAGUGGAGCUCACAUCAAAUUCUAAGGAAAAGUCAGAGGUUCCCAGUGCUUCAGAGGCAAAACAGCCAACAGCUCCUAAAAGAAAGCAGGACAGUGGAAAUGUAAACACGGGGGAACCAGCCAAGAAGAAGAAAUCUGUACCUGAGACGACAAAACCCACAGAAGACGAUUUCUGGUUCGACGAUGUGGACCCUGAUGACAUUGAGGCUACGAUGGGAGCCGAAGCAGCGGAGAUCAUGAGGAAGAAACACGGUUUACAGAAGCCGAAGGAUCCAGAGAGCGUCCUGGUUAAAGAGAGAGCUUUUGAGGGCAUUACGAGAAUCGUGGCCAUUGAUUGUGAGAUGGUGGGAGUCGGUCCAGAUGGAGAGGACAGCAUCCUGGCACGCGUGUCGCUUGUGAACCAGUUUGGAAAAUGCAUCUAUGACAAAUACGUCAAGCCCACAGAGAAGGUGACGGACUACAGGACGGCCGUCAGCGGCAUCCGACCAGAGGACAUCAGAGAUGGAGAGGAUGUACGGACCGUGCAGAAGGAGGUUGGUGACAUUCUGCAAGGAAGAAUCGUGGUGGGGCACGCCAUACACAACGACUUAAAGAUUCUGCUUUUGGACCAUCCAAAAAAGAUGAUAAGGGACACUCAGAAGUAUAAACCCUUCAAGACGCUUGUGAAGAGCGGCCGACCGUCGUUGAAACUGCUCUGUAGGAAAAUCCUCAACGUGAAGGUCCAGCAGGGUGAACACUCGUCUGUCCAGGAUGCCCAGGCCACCAUGAGGCUGUACACAAUGGCGAAAAAAGAGUGGGAAGCAGCAAUUAAAUCCAAACAAAAAAGCAGAAACUCAGAAAUCAAGAAUAAGAGGAAACCCAAGUCUCCCAAGAAUAAAAGCGUGAAAAGUGUCAUGGGAAACUGAAUUCAACACCAGUAUAUGAGCAGGAGGAUCAAUGAUGGAAGUGAUCUGGAGGCUGCUUUAGUUUUCAUGAGAUGGACAAAGUAUUUUCCUAACAAACAAACUUCUUAUAGCAGAGUAAAAGUACGACUCUCCCGAGUUUAUGUAAUAAUAUAUAGCAACAGCCUCUGAAAGUGAGCGUGACGUUUAAGCUGAUAUGUUCAUCAUUAGGUUGCGAUUUCUUUUCCCGGAGCUCCUCUGAGAGGCUAUUCCUGUCUGACAGUUGGCCGAUCAGCCCGGAGUUAUGUGGAGCACAGACUUUUAUUCCUUAAGAUUUCAGACAUGACUCACGUGGGGAUUAAAUGCUCUAAAAUGCUUUUCCUUCAUCAUUAAUCCCCAUUAUGUUAUUCCCAGCUGCCGGGGGCAGGUGUUGACGUGACACACCAUUCAGCUUUCUCCAUUGUUUCGGAGAUAUCAGGCUGUCCACUCCUGGGCUUCGCAUUGUUGUGUUGAUUGUCUGUAAUGGUUUUAGUCUCUGCUUUGUCAUAAUUUGUUUACUAUAAAAGUUCAGUGUUUUAAAGAGUAUGAAUUAAAUACAAGAAGAAAUACAUUCUGUGAAGCUUUAUUGUGAAUAAAUCUGAACCAACAAAGGCUGGAUCAAUGGCUUAUUUAAUACCUGGAGAAAAAGGAUGGCCAUCGUCACUACCAGACGGCCAAUUUUUUACUUU